AGAGAACAAGAAAAAGAGAGGACAGCUUUGUUUUUUUGUUUACCCUAAAUUCCAUAUCAUGCUCCUUUUAUUCCCUCAUAAAUCAUAAUUCAUACCAAUUAUUCCCCUCAUCCUCCAUUUCCAAGAGAAAGAUGGGGGAUAGGCAAGCAAGUAGUUAUUGGUGUUACGUGUGUUCUCAAACGGUGAAUCCAACGACAGAUCCCGAAAUCAAAUGCCCGUUGUGUGAUUCUGGAUUUGUUGAAGAAAUGGCCGGCAUAAGAAACCAUUCCAACACCAAUACCAACGCCAUUGAUUCAGGAUCAGUGAACAAUCUUUCACUCUGGGCUCCCAUCUUGCUUGGUUUGAUCGGUGGUUUAAGUCCUUCGUCGCAGUUGCGUAUCGCAAGCCGGGAUCAAAUCAAUGGCACAAACUCGCAGGAUUGGUUGGAAGACGAUGAACUUGGGAGAGAAUCCGAGUCCUCGGUUCCAAGAAGGACGACAAGGGGAUCAACUUCAGCUGUUAGGAUGCUUCGGGAUAUGCGUACAAUGGCAGCUUCUGACUCAGAAAAUUCUGAGAAUGGCAGAGAUAGAAGUGGUAGAAUGAUCUUGUUUGAUCCAAUCAAUGAAGAAGCCUUGGUUGUUCAAGGCUCAUUUGAUGUGAACCGCUGUCGAAACCCGAGUCAUAGGCCAGCUAGCUCCUUUGGUGGUGAUCACAUCAGGGGAUCUGGUUGGGAUAUUUUGCUGCAGUAUUUGUCUGAGAAUGAUCCAAAUCGAUACGGAACCCUGCCGGCACAAAAGGAAGCAGUCGAAGCAAUGCCAACCAUUACAGUCGAAGAAAAUUCACAAUGUCCAGUAUGUCUGGAGGAAUUCGAGAUUGGAAACGAAGCGAAAGAGAUGCCAUGUAAGCAUAAGUUCCAUGUUGGGUGUAUUAUCCCAUGGUUGGAACUUCAUAGUUCUUGUCCGGUUUGCCGGUUUCAGUUGCCGUUAGAUGAUUCGAAGAUCGAGCCUAAUGGCGACAGUAGUAGUGCUCAAAGUAGUGGCAGGGUAGGAAGUGGUAGAAGGUAUUGGAUCCCUAUUCCAUGGCCUUAUGAUGGUUUGGGCACCUUAUCAGGUUCCCAAAGUGAAUCCACUUCAGCUCCCUCAUCAGAGACCAUUCCAGGAAAUGAAAAUGCAGCUCAGAGGGAUGCUAAUUGAA